AUCACCUAGCAUUCGCGUAACCACGCCAAACGACACCGAACGUCGUCACUUUGUAUCGCCAUCACUACAACAUAGAAAGGUCGUCCGACGACCGGACAUACAACAAAACCACCUCCGCCAAACAUACCGCAUCGAUGACGCGCCCGCCAACGGCGGUUCUAUUUCUGUUGUCAUGCGUCAUCUCGAUGUCGCCUGGGCCGCGUUUCACGGUGGUCACGGCCUCGUGGGUCGGGCACCCGGAAUCGCCGUAUGCCAAUAGGAUGGCGUUGUUUAAACACGUGCUACUCAACGACGCCCAGUGGUCGCCGGUGCUCAAACAAAAGGUUAAGUUGUCUGGGCUUAGCUUGCCGAAGUACCGCAGGACGGAAUUCAACGGAAAAGUUCUGGACCAGAUUCAGCUGGUGGCCAAGGACGAUGGCCAGAACCUGACAGCCAUGACAGUGCUACAGACGUUGAUGGACAAGACCCCGUGGUCUGGCACCAAUGUGAACUACACUGCUUAUGUGCUGAGCACGUCGGUUAUGUGUUUCACGUAUAACAACGUGAGGUUUCUGCUGUCACAGGUAAUCGACCGCGUUGGCAUGUUGGCGCGCAAAAUAUGGAAAACCGACAUAAAUAAAGACGACACAAAGGACAAGAAGGAGGAGGAGGAGGAGGACAAAAGUUCCGACGUCAAAUCCCAAGACCCGGUCGACGAAGGGAUCGAAGACAAGGUCGAUGAUGCGCUGGAAGACUUGCGCAUGACGCUUGGAAUACUAGUGGACAAGGUGGCCGCUGUGGACGGUGAGCUGGCCUUCUUUACCACCGGGCUGUACGACUUAGAUGGCGCGGAAAAGACCGACUUCGGUAUAUUCGAUGUUUUCGAGAUGAUGAGGACAGAGGUGAAUGAGAGGCUUGAACGGCACUGUCACAUCACCCCCAUUGAGGAUGUAUACGAGUACUUGAGCAAGUAUGAAACUCUGAACGUCUCUCCAACUCCACCAGGUGAGCUCACGCCAAAUGAAGAUACACUGAAACUCGAGCUAAACGAGUUCAGCAAGAUCAUCGAUUCAAUGAUAGACGUUUACGACGGGCUCAAUGUCGAAACGUUGCCUAUGGAGACUUGGAUUCUAAUACUCGAUUACAGAUUACCGAUCAGCAUGAACAUAAAAUUUUACAUAGAUGGUUAUGAAAAAAAUACGGUUGAACAAACUCCUAAAACAGAAAUGUCGGAACGAUUAGGAGAAGCGAUUAUUAAAGAAGGAAAAAAAUAUAAAUCGGGUGAACAACAAAAGAAUGUUUGGAGAAGACGUAAAAAACGGAUCCCUCGUACAAUGUCAAAUGAAUUAUGAAAAUCCCAGGGAGGUUGACCUGUUGAAGAGUUGGAAAAUUUGCUAAAUUUAAAUAUUGUAUUAUUAAAAUACCUAUAUUAUUAUGCAUAUAUUCAUUUAUUUUUUAGUAAAAAUUUAACUUGAAAAAUUUCUGUUAUUAAGGUAAAUUUAUAUAUUCUCUACUCAAUAAUAUUUAACUAUAUGGCAUAUAUUACAAUUUACAAUACCUUUAAACAAUAUAUUAAGCUUUAAAUUUCACUGUAUAAAUGAAACUAUACUCUUAUUGAAAUAUAACAGCGUCAGUGUCUCACAUUUUAUUAUUUUAAUUAUUAUUGUAUCACAAUAUUUUAGUUUAUUAAUAUACUAUAGGUACAAUGUAGAAUAUUACAGCUCUUAAAGUUAUUUUGUUAAUUUUUAUGAAAUUGUGUAUGUAAUAAAGUAUUAUAUGCGACAUC